UUAAAUAGCUAGUUAGUCUGUGCUUGUGACGGGGUAUACACGUUCGCGCCAAAUUUGUUUAUUUUUUAACUAACCAAAAAGUAUUGUAUUAAAAAGACUGUAUUAGGGACUGUGUUCUGUUUUAGUGCAGUGAUUAUCGUUUAAAAAAGACUAUCUCCUUAUUGAAUCAAAUUAUGGAAGAGCUAAAUAUGCUCUUCAUCAUCAGCUCAUUUCUGGCGCUGGCAGCUGGAUACCCUCAAGCCACGGUAGAUCCAAGUGUACUGGUGGAAAUAUUUGGUACUCCCCCCACAACCACUACCGGAAAUCAGAAAUUGGAAGAUAUUACAAUUAAGCCUACAGAGGGCACCACAUAUCUCCAAGACAGCAAUGGGAAUGCAUGCAAAUGUGUACCUUAUUACCUGUGCGAUAAGGACUUGAACGGGAAUCAGAUUUCUAACGCAAGCGUCACUGGAUGGGGGCAAUUGGAUAUCAGAUUUGGUGAAGAUGACUGCCAGGAGAGUGUGGAGAGAUGCUGCACGGACCCUGACACUACCAACAAGUAUCCUGCACCAAAGCCAGACCCCAAACAGCUGAAGGCCUGUGGGUAUAGCAACCCUAACGGUCUAGACUUCCAGGUCACUGGUGGUAAUGGAAACGAAGCGCAAUUCGGCGAAUUUCCCUGGGUGAUAGCUCUCUUGGAUGCCCUAAAUGGAAGUUACGUCGGAGUGGGGGUGCUCAUACACCCCCAGGUGGUGAUGACAGGCGCACACAUAGCGAAGGCGUUCGGGCCCGGGACAUUGAAAGUUAGGGCAGGAGAGUGGGACACACAGACAAACAAAGAGCGGCUGGAGGCGCAGGAGAGGCUAGUUAGUGAAAUUGUUAUUAGACAUGACUUCCAGCCGAAGAGCCUCCGCAAUGACUUGGCGCUGCUCCGCCUGGACCGGCCCCUGGAGCUGGCGGACCACAUCAACGUGAUCUGCAUGCCAGGAGACCAGCAGGAGUUCGAGACGAACCGGAACUGUGUCGCCAAUGGCUGGGGAAAGAAUGUUUUUGGUAAAAAGGGGCACUAUGCGGUGAUUCUCAAGAAGGUUGAGUUGGAUAUGGUACCGUUCGACAGCUGCAACGCCCAGCUCAAGCAGACCCGCCUUGGGAAGUUCUUCAAUCUGCACAAGAGCUUCGUUUGCGCUGGUGGCCAGCCCGGGAAGGAUACUUGUCAGGGAGACGGCGGUGCUCCACUAGCCUGCCCCAUUGCCCCCGACCGGUAUACCCUAACCGGUCUCGUAGCGUGGGGCAUAGGGUGUGGUGAUCAGAUACCAGCGGUAUACGCGAGGGUGUCUCUCUUCAGGCGAUGGGUUGAUGAAAAGAUGAUGACGUGGGGAUUUGAUACUAAGGGAUAUAGCGUGUGAAUAAAUCAUUUUCUGUA